AUGGAAUUUGGUGCGGUUGAAGUUGAAGUUAGGUUGUUUGUGUUGGUGAGGCGUGAGUUUAGGAAGUUGACGCGUUUUUCGUCGAGGGAGAGUGAGUCGAGGAAGGACUGGCUGCUGAGCUGGAGUUGGCUGACGUGGUACAGAGGGAGUUCCAGUGGAGGACGUUUAUUAGCUUCUGCAAGAGUCGCAUUGAAGUUCCUGCUAGCAAGAGAGAGAAGAGUAGAAAGCAGAGCAGUCGAACUAUUUGGUGCUGCUGUUAUGUUUUUGGGCACAAGGGCUGUGGAAUUUAAAAGUAAGGACACGUGUCACAGGAUGGAGAGUAGAAAAGAUGGUACAAUGCUAGCGAAAAAAAUUAUUCAGUUGCUGGGAUCCACCAUUAGCAGUGGGACUCAGCUUCGUUCAGUGCAAGUCCCCUUCGAUAUGUGGUUCCAAAACCUAUGA